GCGACAGGUGCGCAGAAGAGGAGAGAGGAACGGAGGUGUCUCCUGGGACUGAGGAUCCGGUCUGACAUGACGGGGAACUAGAGAAGCCAGGACCAUUUCACCGCGGAGGAAGGCGAACUGCUCUUCAUCGGGAUUAUCGCCGCGGGACAACUUGACGUAUUCCUGUAGCAAAGAGUUUGUGGUGUGUCGGCGGAGAGUUAGUGCGACUUUGGUGCUUUCUGGUUGUUAGUUGCAGGUCGUGUGGUGUCUUCCUCUGUGUUUGGCCUCAUUAUUGAUCCGCUGUCAUGUUUCCACAGCACUGAAAGUGGAGGAAGCUCCGCGGCUGUGCUCGGUGUGUUAGUGUCCGUGUCCGUGUCCGAGCACUUGGAGGACUGCUGUGCUUGUUUCUGUGAGGCUUUAUUAAACAGGGACUUACCGAAUUAAUCCGCCAACUGCUGACUACACCAGCACCAUGAUCAGCUCGGACGGCCUGCGGCCGACCACGAACGGCAGGAAGCCCCUGGGCAAGCUCGCCUCCCGCCUGGAGGAGGUGAAGAACCCGUGGCGGCAGGUCUCCACGCUGGAGCUGAGCCACAAUGAGGCGGCUCGGCUGGCGACGGACGCCCUGCUGGAGCUCGGGGAGAAGGAGUACCGCCGGGUCCUGACCGAGGAGCGGGAGGUCAGCUUCCUCUCCCCGCAGGAGAUCCACUACAUCACCCAGCAUGCGGCCAAAGCGGGCGGCCCCGAAAGCAACGGAACCGGCCCCAACGACCGGGACUUCGGGGACGGAGACGCCGUUUCCGAGCUCACCUCCGGGACUUACUUCCCUAUGAUGUCCGACGAGGAGCCUCCGAUGCUGGAGCUCGGCUGGCCGGAGACCCCGGUGCGGUACGGACCGUCGGAGACGCAGAUCUACUUCCAGAGGGACAAGUCUCACAACGUCAAAGACCUGAUCAGGUCCCUGAUCAACAAGGCCAAAAAGGUGAUAGCGCUGGUGAUGGACAUGUUUACAGACGUGGAUCUGCUGUGUGAUCUCAUGGAGGCAUCCAACAAGCGCAGGGUGCCCGUCUAUAUCCUGCUGGACGAGAAAAACCUGGACUACUUCACAGAUAUGUGCUCCGCACUCGAUGUCCAGAACUCACACCUGAGUAACAUGCGUAUUCGCACUGUGUGUGGUGACACAUACUGCACCAAGAGCGGCAAGAAAUUCACCGGCCAGGUCCUGGAGAAGUUCAUGAUCAUCGACUGUGAAGAGGUCAUCGCCGGCUCAUACAGUUUCACCUGGCUGUCGGCUCAGGUGCACAGCAACAUGGUGAUGCAUUUCUCAGGUCGCAUCGCCGACAGCUUCGACCGGGAGUUUCGCUGUAUGUAUGCUGACUCUCAGAUCAUCGACUGUUUCUACAACCCAGAGGAGGAGGGGUUGCCCUACUACCCACCCUACCCAGGCCUGAUGGCCCCCGGCAUGCUGACUUCCGGCAUCGGCUUCAGCAGCCCCCUCAUGGGGCUGGAUUUACUCUCUGACAGCCGGCACCGGGGCUCUGAACACUCCAGCAGCCAGUCAAGUAACAGCGUCUCCAGUGUGAAGGCUGCUCCUGGGAUGAACUCCAGCACCGUCUACAAGGUCACUCACGACAAGAAGGAGCCCAACCCCAGCUCCCACCUGAGCCCUGAGAGGAGACCUGGGGAACGGGUCGGAGGACAGACCACCACACCGGGACCACGGGUCUCCAACAACAGCGGAACCAAUCACAGCGCGGUUCCUGAACGGCCGUUGCCGAGCUACGGUCAGCCGGUGGGCAUCGAGUGGAACAAGGCCAACGCGGCGGACAUCAUGAGGUCAAACAUUGGCGGCACUACUAACAAGUUCCAGGCACUGGGGUUGUACGACCACAAACCUAACAUGUUCCACAGCGCCCCCAACUCCAGCCUGAUCCCCAAGAGCCAGACCCCCGCCCCAGUCAUUGACAGCAAACUCACCCCCAAACAGAGGACUCCCUCCAACCAGUUCCUCAACAAACUCUCAGACAUCUUCCUGCACCCCUCAGGCAAAGACAACUUCCAGAGGUCCCCUCCCCCUCUCGGCCCCCUGCCCUGGGGGGGGCCGGACCUGUCUCAGACUGAGCCGGAGAGCCAACAGAGCCCCCCGCCACCGCCCUCGCCGGGGGUGGUGAUGAACAGGCAGGACCAGAAGCGGAUGACGCUGGGCCACAGUAAACUGGACCUGGUGAACCAAUACAACAAGAUGAAAUCCAGGCAGGUGUACAGCCGCUUUGAGCUCAAGAGCAGCAAUUAACAGACCGGUUUGCCGGACCAGAUGCUUGACUGUCUCUCCUUCUGAAUUCCUCGGCUGUCUCUUGUCUCUUUAUUGCAGCCAGUGGAGAAAAGUGCUCAUGUUUCUAUAGGAAGUAGAAUCUUCUCCCACUGGUGAAGACCACCACAGCCGUGUCACCGUCUCUACACUUUCCCUCUGGGAUUCCUUACACCGUUUUGCCUCUGUCAUCAUGUGUGGAGCCAAGUACGGCAGGGUUGUGGCUUUUUGUUCCAAACUAACAUUUACCAAAUUACACAUUGAAAUGAAGCCGUGUGUUCGUGUUUGUAGUUGUAGACAGCGAUGAACACAGUAAAAUGGCAGUUGAGCACAGAGCUGUCCCUCUUGUCCUCAGUCAACUCCUCCUGUAACAAGUUUUCAUGCAGUUUUUUACUUAAACACCAAACUAAAGAAUCUUAAAAUCUUCAUAAAGUUGAACUGAAAUUUGAAUUCUCCACUUUUUGUGUAAAGAGAUAUAAACUACAGUGAUGCGGCAGCUGGUUGUGCAGAUGUUUACAAGGUGUUUUUCUGCAAACACAGAGCUGGACAUGUACAUCUCAUGAAGAUUAGAGCUUUGGUUCAUGUGCACAGGGAGCAGCUGGCAUUCAGGUGGACUUUGGAACCUGGCCUCCUGUUUACUAUAUAUAUAUUACAUCCCUGGUUCAGACACAGUGAAGGCAAAUGACCAGACCGUCAGAAGUCAGAGUGCAGCUCGUCCUCCGUCGUUAUCCUGUUAUUUGACUCGUGACGCUGAACAGCAGCGGCAGUGCUCAGACUCACUAACUACUCAGUUAGGUUUCAUUUGAUUUGAUGGUUUAUUUAACCGGGACCUGCACAUUAAUAACUAGUAACAACCAGUCUGAGACGGGUCCUGGUUACUUUUUAAUGUACCUUGAAUUUUUACAGUUCUGGGGAAAACUGCAUUUUCCUACUAUGCACAGAAUAACUUGCAGAAAGAUCUGAAGUUGGUUAUUGGAGAAUGUAAUGACAUCAUAAAUGUGGUGAAGGAGACAGUCCGUUGUCUUUAUCUCGUGAUCUUAACAUGUUGUGGAUUUGUAUGGCUGCCAUCUCGGCCAGGUCUUCCUUGAAAAAGAGAUGUAGAUCUCAGCGGGACUUCCUGGUAAAAUAAAGGUUAAAUAAAUAUACAAUAAAUCAACAUUACUGUAAAUGUGCCAGAAUUAACCAGAAGGCCGUUUAUCAUUGGUAGCCCCUCGGCAGAUGUUACACACAUAAAAAUAAAACUAAUAAAUAAAAUGAAAGAACAAGGCUACAGAAUAUUUGGGAUCAGGAAUAAACAUAAGGAAAAUGAAGAAACAGAUUAACAUUAGUAGAAGUCAUCAGCCAGUGUGAAGCAGGAGACAAACAGCUGGCGCCUCCACAGUCCUGUUUCGUCGCCCACUCGUCCACCCCACUAACAACUGAUAAAGGCCAUUCAAUGGGCUGAUAACAUCAGACUGGCUGUCACAUCACAGAGGAGAUGCAGCGACAGGUAACACUGUCCGCCCCCAGUAGCUUCUGAAAUGUGGUGGUGCUGUCACCUGCGGUUGGUGCCUGCCCACACAAAUGAAUACACCAGUCAGAUUAUGUACUGUACCAAUGUUAGUUCCAGUUCAACUUCAGCAUCUAAAUCGGCUUCGGUUUCCAGAUUUUUACUUUGUCAUUUGAUACAAACAAGUCAGAAAUAUGGUUCUGCAGUUACAGACCUGUCAACGCCUCCACGAGUGUAAAGGAAAACCUCUUCACUCUCUUCUUCCUUUUGACUCUGAUGGGUUUUCGGUAUUACAAUGUCAUGAUCAAACCCCUGUAUUGUAGUGUGUAACAACAAGUGCCUUGAUCUUCUUGCCUUAAGGUUUACAGUGACAUUUUAGACCAACAUCAUAUCUUAGUGUUGUUUACAGUAUGGCACACACUUUGCUGGUUUACUGCAGGGAGCAAACUUUGCUGUAAAUAGUAGCAGCGCGACAACAUGCCUGCUACUCGAUCGCAUUACUCUUCUCAGAAAUAGGUGUAAGUGUAGAAACUGAGACACGCAGAUGAAAACUGUUCUCAGCCGAGGUGGCGAGAGCAGAGGACACAGAGACGCCGGUGUGAGAAGAAGCUGCUCGUCUGAUCACACACAACUCGCAUCAUUAGUUCAUCAUCACAUUCACUGUACAGUUUUUACAAUCACCUGCACUUUGUUCAGCAAUGUAGAUUUGUAUAUAGACCUUUCAUUAGAUAUAGUAACUAAUAUUAACGGUAUUAUUUUUGUGAUGAUUUUGCUGAUGUACAGUAGGUUUUCAUCACUUUCCUAAUAAUCCCUCCUCAGCGAGGAGCAGCAGUGGAGAACUGACCUUCGCUGUGUCACUGAAGCAAUAACGAUUGGCAGUGAGCAGUUUGACAAACGUGUUCUCAGUGUGUGUGUUUUUGUUUACUACUCCUGGCUUUUCUUUUUUUGUCCUUGACCAGAGCAGCGGGGCAGUCUACGGGUUCACCCACAGUACUGUAUGUCCUGCGUUUGACUAGUGGACACUGUACAUAGAGCAGGAAGGGGCUGUCAGGAAUCGGGGGUAUUGUUAAAGAAACUUUUUUGUUAUUUACUGGUGAAUGUGAAUGUUUGAGUGUAAAUUGGUUUGAAUCUGUAACAUGAACAUUUAAAGAUAAUAAAAUGAGAACGCUGAAGUG